AUGGCUCUUUCGCUGUGGUUUAAAUACUCGGCAUUUAACCAGCUUUCCAUCAAUUUUGUACGACAUUUUUCACUAUCGUCUGUGAAUCGCCUCAAAGAAAUCAAAGAGGUUAAGACAAACGACACGCUUGUAAUCAAAGGAGAAUAUGUCCCGUCGCCCCGGCAAGAUACGUUGAUUCCACAGUUGAUCGAGGCGCGUAAAAAAGGCGAACGAUUUUGUCCUCAAUGCACGCUCGGGCUGGACAUCAAACACACCGACGUGCUCAUCCUCAGUCAGUACGUACGAUCCGACGGAUGCAUGUUGCCGCGCCGGGUUACAGGAUUAUGUAAGCGUCAGCAGCGACGAAUGGGUGCACUGGUAACGAUGGCACAGAAGGCGGGUCUCAUGUCAAACCUCAAUCCAGCGACCAGCAAAAAAGAUCCGAAACAACGAUAUCAGUGGAAGAAAUACAACAAGUAUUUCGACGAAGAAACGAUUAAAUGUUAA